AUGGCUCUUCCACUGGGAAUAUUUCUGGGUGGCUGCGUGAUCGCGAUUCCGGUCGUCACAGGUGUUGCGCAAGGUGUUGAACAUCAGAAGAAACAGAAUGAAGAGGCCGCGAACGAGUCGCGCAUGUGGAAGUUCAAUUGCUUGGUCUCAUGCGACACAGACGACGAAAUUGCGGACGAAGAGCUGAAUAAUGCGAUUCUCGUUGUGCGACACGACAAAGUUUGGGUGGUGCCCCGCGAUGAAGACAACAAGCCAGUUCCGCCGGUCGAAGGCACUGAACCGCCCCUGCAUCCGUUCGCUGGCUUCUACAUUCAGUAUCCGGACGAGAGUAGAUUUCCGCCAGAACGAGGCUUAGUCACCACUAUUAGUGACGAUCCACCAAUGUUGAACUGGCUUUAUUGCGACAAAGAUACAUUCGAGCUGAAAUAUAACAACCGCACUGGAAGCAUGGAACAUCAUGUAGGCGUCUGGGACUGGACUGAAGAUGAGACACGGCUCAACUUUGAUGGAUGGGAAGGAUUCAUUGCAAUCGACGAAUGGGAUGGCGCAGAUGAAGACUCUACUACUCCAUGGGGCAAAGAAGGCUUGCGCUGGGCCGUGUACUUCGACAAGGACGACAACGGACUGGCAGGUCGCCACAAAGAUCGCGACAGGUUCGAGAUCACAUUGACCAGACGCAUUCAAAGUGCUGAGGAGCAACUCAAGCAGAACGAGGCUGCGGAAAAGAAGAUGCAAGUUAAGAGUCGCGGUGGGCUAAGCACGCAGUUUAGUGCGCCGACCAAGGAGAGAGACAAGGAAUGGGAGAAAAAGUAUGGCGAAGAGGCUAAGAAGAAAUUAGAAAAGGAGAGGCAAGAAGCCCGAGAAAAGUUGGAAAGGCAAAAGAGAGAGGAAGAGGAGAAAGAGGGAACGAUUUGGCAAGGGAGUCGAAACGCACCCAAAGAGAGCUGA